AUGGCUUCCCAACUUCUGCCCCUUGAGCUUAUUGACAAGUGUGUUGGCUCCCGCAUUUGGGUAGUCAUGAAGGGUGAUAAAGAAUUCUCCGGGACCUUGCUUGGUUUUGAUGACUACGUCAACAUGGUUAUGGAAGACGUGACUGAGUUUGACUACACUGGCGCCCAGAUCAAGCUCCCUAAGCUCCUGCUGAACGGCAACAACAUCUGCAUGGCAAGUUACCCACAUGAGGCGAGUUUUCGUGGUGAACUAACCAAGAAAAACAGUUGA